AUGAGCGCGUUUCCACCAGUGUUCCACGAAGAGAUGCUUUGCAGAGACUCGGGCAACAUACACUUCAAAGUUUUCAUCGACCGAGAAAAGUCAAAAAUUCACAUAUACGCGUGCCAGAAGGAGUCUGCCAGAGACUACGCGAACAAGCUAACCGAAAGAGUAAAGGAAAUUCUUCCAUACAAAAAGGCGUAUGUUAUUUGCAAUCUGGCGUCUGCAGAGGAUAUAUAUCCUGUGAAAAUGGCCCUCCAAAGCUGCUUGGACCAAGUGGCAAAGCACUAG